AGAGCGAUGGCAUCAUCGUUCUGUGGUGCUACGGUAAUCGGUUUGCUAGCUCUAGCCCUAGCAGUUGUUCAAGGCCAAAAAUUGCUGGCGAUGUUCGAUGAUCCCCCUAAUGCGGAUGAUGUGAUUGUUUCAAAUGAACCCACGUCUCUUGACGACUGCCACUUCCGGUACUACGAGUACGGGAAACAGAAUAACUCAAAACCUACGUCUGGCACAAGCACCAAGUUGCGUGAGUAUCCACAUAUGGCAGCCAUCGGAUGGACACAACCGGAUAAAACCAUCAGGUGGGAUUGCGGAGGAUCGUUGAUUUCGGAGAAAUUUGUCCUAACAGCAGCUCACUGUUUUGCAAAAGUUUGGGCAGAUUUAAUAAGAUUAGGAGAUAUUAAUCUGCCUGAUGGAUCAGAUGAUGAGUACGCACAACAGGUAGGAAUAGAGGAUAUUGUUUUUCCGAAGGGCCAUACUUUCAAAAAUUAUUAUUUUGAUAUUGCUCUACUGGAACUGAAACACAAUGUUGUAUUAAAUGAAGCCGUGACACCGGCUUGUCUGUGGAUCGAUGAUGAUAUCCCUUUCGAAAAGUUUACUGCUACUGGCUGGGGAGACACUGGACCGUACCUACCGAAAACACCAAAUCUCCUGCAGGUGUUGUUGGGCUUUAUUGAUAUAGACACAUGUAACAAGUCUCACCAGAACAAUAAGUGGCUUCCUGGUGGAUUGCAUACCAACCUCAUGUGCGCCUCAAAUGACACACAAGACACGUGUCAGGGAGACUCCGGUGGCCCUUUGCAAGUGAAGUUGCUUCACAACUCUCUUCUCACACCGUUUGUGGUAGGUGUGACUUCGUUCGGUAAGCCGUGUGGGAUGCUUGUUCCUGGGGCGUAUGUUCGCGUCGCUCCUUUUUAUGAGUGGAUAAAAUCGACACUGAAAGCAAGGGGUGUAGCUGAUGCGGAUUGGAUUUUGGAGCCUCAAGCAUGUGCGAGAAAUUACGUGAAGUUUCGAACCGAAUACGAAUUGAGAGUGGAAUUGUCCAAGACCGCCUCAAAUGUUAGGCUGGACCUGAAUAAAUUACAUUUGUAUAGAGAAUCAUCGAGACAGUUGGUCAGAAUUCACUGGAACAACACGGUAAUGAAUAGCUCAAACGAAUGUUAUGGCGUCAUCAUUGAUGAGACUACUGUCCUGACUCUUGCUCGCUGUACUGAGGUCAAUGGAACAAAACCAACGCACAUAACAUUUGGAAUGAACAAAACCAACGUCAUCACUCAUACUCAUAGGAAAGACUCGUUUAAAGAAGGCUCUUUUAGGAAUAGUAUUGGGGUUCUUAUACUUGCGGAACCCUUCGAGUUCAAUGCCAAUUUUACACCAGCGUGUGUCUGGACCAAAGAGAGCUUCCUUGAUCCAGAAAUGGAGGUGACGGGAAGAGGUCUUCGUGAUCUCAAUAAAUUCUUUAUCGACUCAGUACCCGAGAUUAACCGUACCUCCUUAUCGAAUACAGUGGAUGUGCUGGGUAUAGUCAUGAAUCAGAACGGUACCAACUGUUCAUUGCCUCAACAGUACGCAGAUCGGUUACGAAAUGGUCUGACACAGGAACAUGUUUGUUUCGGAGCAAAACCGUUUCUAGUACCCAGAACGUGCGAUCAGGCAUUUGGCGGGCCACUACAGAGAGAAGUGGAUCGCUAUGGACGCACCUUGAUGUAUGUGAACGCCUUGAACCUGUUUGGUAGAGACUGUGGAUUCGGUGAGUCAUCCGUAGCCGUCCGUCUGGCGCAUCAUAGACGAUGGCUAGAAUCAGUUCUUUACCCAAGAAACCCCCUUCACUACCCGAGAAAAAUCGAAAUCGCGAAAAAACGACAACCAGUUGCGUUUCUGCAUGGUUCGUUUUUUGAAAACGACGACUGUACUACACCGGAGGGACUACAAGGUGUUUGUGUUAACUAUAGGUUAUGCCCAAAAGUGACUGAUGACUUUAGGAAUGGUGGUGACGUGAAACACUGCAAUACAGAAUCAUUGCUGUGUUGCCCGCAGCGAUACAUACGAAAUGAAGCAAAUAGUGAAGCUCCGUCGAUAGACUCUUGUGAAGACAGUCGUGGUAAUAUCGAUGAAUGGCAAGGAAUUGGCGGCAACCAAAGGGCAUCAUUUUCGAAUGUGGUUUCAAUCGUUUGGACAAAUGAUGGGGAGGAACGCCGCUGCAUUGGAACGAUCAUUUCGAGCAGAACCGUACUGACGGCAGCAACCUGCUUCCAUGCUUGGAAGCUUCCAUCGCAAGUAGAAUUACUAAAGUCAACUGGGAGGGUCCGAAUUAUUGUGAAAAAAGUGAAAGUUCAUCCGGAGUUUAAUAACAAGACGAAGAAACAUAACGUGGCGUUGAUCAAGACAAAGGACACAAGCAAUCAGGAAGAGUUUCUGAAGCCGAGCGCUUGCUUGUGGAGAAACACAACGCACACACCAUUCAUGAUGAAGCAGCUCGUUUUGGUUGACCAAAUCUACGAAACUAAGGAUGCCCAUUUGAAGUACAACACCGACUGUCGGCGUGCUCUGGGACGUGUUCUGGCACCCUCCGAGCUGUGUUUGAAGAUAGUGAAUUUGCGCAAAUUAAACAUAUCGAUUGACGAUGGAAUGCCAGCUUUCUGGCUGAAUCGUGGUAGAAGAUAUCUGGUUGGAAUAGUUAGUCGUCGAUCGUCUGUUUCGGAUCGUUCCAUAGUUUUGUACACUCGAAUCUCAUCUUAUAUCGAUUGGAUCAAAUCGUAAUUGUAGCAAUGCGAAGAAAGCGUUUAAUAGAAUUGGUUGCUCGUUACUAAAUGAGACAUAUCAGAGGUUUUUCAUUAUUAUUUACAAACACGAAGGCGAGCUCUCGGUUGUCGAGAGAAUGAAGAUAUAAUGCGUUAAGGUACAAGUUGCUUGCAGAGUAGGAAACGCCCAUUCCUAGCUAGUGCUAUAUAAAUCUCAAUUAAUCCUUUCAUAUAGAUAUCAUCGGUUGGGGGAUCAGCAAGAUAUGCUGAUAAUGAUAGUAAGAGCCUGAAAGACUCAGAAAAUUGUGCGUUGUCUGCAAAAAGCUGGAGCCCUGAAGCAAUAUUAAUAAAAUUAUUAACAAGC